UUUACAAUGUAGCCAGAGGCCACGGCUAUUAAGGGGUCCUUGGCAUGGAAAAGUUUGGGAACCCCUGUUCUAGGAGACGCUAUUUUAAACUCCGGGAGGCACUAUUUGCUUUUCUUAAGUGACACAUGGUUGAUGGGUAGAAUUUAUUAGGGAUGUUACACACUGUCGUACAGUAGGUGGUGGUGUGCACCUUAAAGUUGUUUGCGAUCCGCAGAAGAAGAAGAAGAAGAACACGAAGAAGAUCUAGCGAAUUUCUACGGUUAAAAGUUAAUGUGGACUGUAAUUCCUGUCAAUUUUGCAAGACAGACAUAGAAACAACGGAUCGUUUAUUUUUCCACUGUAACAUUACUUAUAAUUUUUGGUACAAUUUGAAUGUAUAGAUGAAAUCUAGCAUUGGUGCUUUACCUCCAUUUCUACUAGAAAGUGUCAAAUUUGGGACGUUUAUUGAAGAUAGAAAUAUAGAUUUCUUGUUGAAUAAUGUAAUUAUUUUGACAAAAUAUUUUAUACACAAAUGUAAAUAUUGCAAAACGCAAUCCUGUUUAGCAGCCUUUAAAAACAAAUUAGUGGCUUUUUCCAAAGCUCUAAAAUGUAUGAAAAACAGAAAUGCCCCCCAAAAAAACCUAUUUUUUGCAUUUGAACAAUUUAAUGUAAUUUGACCCCUGGAAUAUUGUGUUGUCCUAUUUUAUUUUUAUUUUAUCCUUUUAAUUUACUAUUUCUGUUUCCUUGUUUUGUUCUCAUUGUCUUUGGCAUGUUUGAUAUACUGUUCUUCGCCUACUCUGUUUUAGAGUACACUGGCUUUGCUGAUGUGUUUGUAUACUUGAAGUCUUGAAUUAUAAAAGAAGAAGAAGAAACAGAAGAAGAAGAAGUUGGACCCCAUUUCCCGGUUACCUUUUCGGGAGGGACAACAAAGAUGGCGAGCGAGAGAAGUGUUAAUGAACGUGAUAGGAAUCGUCAAGUGUUAUAGCGAUGAACUGAAAAGGGUGAGAACUCGCGCGACACUGCAGAAAAUCUAAUACUGCGGUAAAGCGGGGAUAUAUUGUACUGUCUCGGCCCAAAAGGAGAAAAAAAAAUGCCCUCUCCAAAAGCAAAGAAUACGGGACGCAGCGGAGGCAGCCCGGUGCUCGGCGGCUCCAACGGGCGGUAUGAGUUCAUGUCUUUAAACCGAGCCCCGCCGCCGCAUCAUCUCCAGCGGCAGGGCUCCGACCCCGCCACCGCACGACUCCGGGCUUCGGAGAGCCCCACCCGGCGCAGGGGCUCCGGCUCCUCCACGGGCUCGACGUGCGGCCAGGGGAUCCCCGAGGAGGACUGCAUUCGGCUGAAUCCCUCCAUCGUGGGCAUAGCGCUGAGCUCUCUGCUCGCCAUAGACCUGUGGCUCUCCAAGAGGCUGGGGGUGUGCGCCUGCGAGGAUUCGUCAUGGGGCAGCGUUCGGCCGCUGAUGAAGCUGAUCGAGAUCUCCGGACAUGGUAUUCCCUGGCUGGCUGGCUCCGCUUACUGCCUGUACAAGAGCGACAGUGCCGCAGGACAAGAAGUCAUGCUCAACCUUUUCGUGGCCCUGCUGCUAGACCUGGUCCUGGUGGGAAUUGUCAAGGCGGUGGUGCGUCGGCGCCGGCCAGCUCACAAUCGGAUGGACAUGUUCGCCACCUUUUCCGUGGACCGCUAUUCCUUCCCCUCUGGCCAUGCCACCCGCGCCGCCAUGUGUGGGCGUUUCCUCUUGGCACACCUGGUGUUGGCUGCCCCACUGCGGGUCUUGGUUCUCCUGUGGGCCAGCAUGGUGGGCCUGAGCCGUGUCCUGCUGGGGAGGCAUAAUGUGACAGAUGUGUUGUUUGGGUUCUGGAUGGGCUACUGCCAGUACAACCUGGUGGAAAUACUCUGGCUCUCACCUCAAGCCCUUCAAGGGUUGCUGGGACAGCUAGCUUGAGACCAGGCUAGAUUUAGUGGUAGAAUGGCUGAGUGACAUGUCUAAGGUUUUCUCCCAUUUCUAUUGAAAUGCACCCUUGCUUCCACUACACAGAAUAAGAACUUAU